AUGUCACAAACAGCUUCUUUAAGAAGCAUUGCGUUUAGAAACAUAACAAAGAGAACGAUCCGUCUCUAUUCUAAUUUACCAUUGACUGUUCCGAUUACUUUACCAAACGGUAAGAUCUAUGAACAACCUACCGGUUUAUUUAUUAACGGUAAUUUUGUUCCUUCCUUUAAUAAGAAGACCACACCUGUCAUUGAUCCAUCUACGGAAGAAGUGAUCACAAACGUUUACAAAGCUGAUAAUGACGAUGUGAAUAUUGCUGUGAAAGCAGCUAAAGCUGCAUUUGAAAAUAACUGGGCAACUUCAGAUCCUGAAUUACGUGCCAAAGUUCUUUUCAAAUUAGCUGAUUUAAUUGAACAAAACUCCGAGACACUUGCUGCAAUCGAAUCCAUGGAUAAUGGUAAAUCUUUACUUUGUUCCCGUGGUGAUGUUGAUUUAGUGUCUAAAUAUUUAAGAUCUUGUGGUGGUUGGGCUGAUAAAUUAUACGGUAAUGUUAUUGAUACCGGUAAAGAACAUUUUGCUUACUCAGUUAGAGAACCAUUGGGUGUCUGUGGUCAAAUUAUUCCAUGGAAUUUCCCAUUAUUAAUGUGGUCAUGGAAGAUUGGUCCAGCUAUUGUUACUGGUAAUACAGUUGUCUUAAAACCUGCAGAAACUACCCCAUUAUCUGCAUUGUUUGCCGCUCAAUUAUGUAAAGAAGCUGGUAUCCCAGACGGUGUUGUGAAUAUCAUUCCAGGUUCUGGUAGGGUCAUCGGUGAAGGUUUAUGUAAACAUCCAGACGUUAAAAAGAUUGCAUUCACUGGUUCUACAGCUACUGGUCGUACGAUCAUGAAGAAUGCUGCUGAUACGGUCAAGAAAGUUACCCUUGAACUUGGUGGUAAAUCUCCAAAUAUUGUUUUCGCUGACGCCGAUUUGGAUAAGGCUGUUAAGAACAUUGCACAUGGUAUUUUCUUCAAUUCUGGUGAAGUUUGUUGUGCAGGUUCCAGAAUCUACGUUCAAGAUUCUGUUUACGAUGAAGUUCUAGAAAAAUUCCAACAAUAUACUGCUUCUUUGAAGGUUGGUAACCCAUUCGAUGAGGAUACAUUCCAAGGUGCCCAAACUUCACAAAAACAACUUGAGAAGAUUCUUGGAUACGUCAAGAAAGGUGAAGAAGAAGGUGCUCGUGUUAUUAUCGGUGGUAAGAGACGUGGUAGUAAGGGUUAUUUCGUUGAACCAACAAUUUUCGCAGAUGUUAAGGAAGAUAUGAAGAUUGUCAAGGAUGAAAUCUUUGGUCCAAUUGUUACUGUUUCUAAGUUCUCUACAGUCGAUGAUGUCGUUGCCAAGGCAAAUGACUCUCAAUAUGGUUUAGCAGCUGGUAUCCACACUAAAGAUGUCAAUAAAGCUGUUAAUGUUUCUAGAAGAAUAAAGGCUGGUACCAUUUGGAUCAAUACUUACAAUGCAUUCCAUCAGAGUGUUCCAUUCGGUGGUUUCGGUCAGUCUGGUAUUGGUCGUGAGAUGGGUUCUGCUGCUCUUGACAACUAUACACAAGUCAAGUCUAUUAGAAUGGCUCUUGAUAAUCCAACAUUAUAG